CCGAUUUCCUGAUGGAUGAUGACAUCGGUUUCCUGAUGGAUGACUUUAUUAUGUACAAUACCGACACCCUGAUGCUGUUGCAGCGCUUCAAGGUCAUACACAAGCUAAACCUCAGAGUGGACUAUCUGCCGUGCAUGCGUGUCAAUGAAUACUUGAUGGAGGACAUAACAAGGCUCCCUGACAUUACAUUCUUGUCCAUUGUUAUAACGGCACACGCACAUUCCUUUGGAGCCUGCUUGUUCCAUGUCCUCAGGAUGUGUACUGGUGUAAGAAAACUGGCGGUUGAUACUCCUGGCCACUUUGACGAAGCCUGCCCAUCAGAUUGCCCUUGUGGUCAGCCACCAAACUGGAAAUCUGAGGAGCUCAUGAUGGAUUGCCUCCAAGAAGCAGAAAUCAGUAACCUGAGAGGAACUGAACAUGAACUUGCUUUCAUGGAGCGGUUGUUCAGCUGGGCAACGGUGCUAAAGCAGAUGACAGUAACUUUCGACGAGUCAAUCACUGAAAGCAGGGACAUUAAGGAGUUCUGCCAGAAGUUACUGAGCUUCUCCCCGCCAGAGGUAUGUAUGGGAUUCUUCGUGUACCGCCAUUCCGAGAAGAUUUUGUAUGUUCCAGUAGACUAGGACUCUGACACUGGUAGCUCAUAUUCUUUUGGGAGCAAGGUUCAACUGUUUCUGUUCCUGUUUGUUGAGUAAUUGACAUGUCAGGUCUGAAAGUAAAACUAAUUCUCGUGUCCUGUAUUGUCCAUCUUUGUUUCUAGAAUAACGGUAACAUGUACUGCGAUCAGUUCCUGAUGUUAGCAGCUCUAGCUCUCAUCCAAACGAACACUGUGAUCUCUAGGGGAAUCGCAAUUUGCCACAUGCCAUUGAAA